GGUGGGCGCGGCCUCUCCCGGUGAGCGCGGCCUUUUCCCGGUGGGCGUGGCCUUUUCCCGGUGGGCGUGGCUCUCUCCCGGUGAGCGCGGCCUUUUCCCGGUGGGCGCGGCCUCUCCCGGUGGGCGUGGCUCUCUCCCGGUGGGCGCGGCCUUUUCCCGGUGGGCGUGGCUCUCUCCCGGUGGGCGCGGCCUUUUCCCGGUGGGCGCGUCCGUGGGUGGUGGCGGUGCCGGGGGGGCCAUGGCGUGGUCCCGGUACCAGCUGGGCCUGGCCGCGCUCAUGCUCCUCACCGGCUCCAUCAACACCCUGGCGGCCAAGUGGGCCGACAACUUCAGUGCUCCGGGCUGCGAUGGGACGGAGGAGCACCGUUUCCAGCACCCCUUCCUGCAGGCCGCGGGGAUGUUCCUGGGGGAGUUUUCCUGCCUCCCGGUGUUUUACCUGCUGCUCCUGCGCCAUCGGCGCCGCGCGGAUCCCGGCCCGGCCCCAUCCCGACCCUUCAACCCCCUGCUGUUCCUGCCCCCGGCCCUGUGCGACAUGGCCGCCACCAGCAUCAUGUACGUGGCUUUGAACAUGACCAGCGCCUCCAGCUUCCAGAUGCUCCGCGGCUCCGUCAUUGUCUUCACCGGGCUCCUCUCCGUGGCGUUCCUGGGCCGGAAGCUGGAGCGGAGCCACUGGUUGGGAAUUCUGCUCACCAUCCUGGGGCUGGCGCUCGUGGGAUUGGCGGAUCUGCGCGGCUCCGGCGGCACCGAGCACGGGCUGGCCGACGUCAUCACCGGUGACCUCCUGAUCCUGCUGGCCCAGGUCAUCGUGUCCAUCCAGAUGGUGCUGGAGGAGAAAUUCAUCUUCAGCCACGACGUCCACCCGCUGCGCGCCGUGGGCACCGAAGGUUUCUUCGGCUUCACCAUCCUGGCGCUGCUGCUGGCGCCGCUCUCCUUCAUCCCGGCGGGGCGGCUCAGCGGGAACCCGCGCGGGGUCCUGGAAGAUCCCGCCGACGCCUUCUGCCAGAUCCGCCGGCGGCCCCUGAUCCUGGCGGCGCUCCUGGGGAACAUCGGGAGCAUCUCCUUCUUCAACUUCUCCGGGAUCAGCGUGACGCGGGAGCGGAGCGCGACCACGCGCACGGUGCUGGACAGCCUGCGCACGCUGCUGGUCUGGGCGCUCAGCCUGGCGCUGCGCUGGGAGCGCUUCCACGCGCUCCAAAUCCCGGGAUUCGCGCUGCUCCUGGCUGGCGCCGCGCUCUACAACGGCCUGCUCGGCGCCCUGCUGCCGCGCCGGAGCGCCGGGAAUGCCGCCGGCGGGAAUGCCGCCGGCAGGAAUGCCACCGGGAACGAGGAGGAGCGGGAAGCGCUGCUCGGCGAGGACAGCGCCGCCGUCAACCAGGGAUGAGCCGGGAAUGUUCCUCGGGAUCGGCAUCCCAGGGAUUGGGAAUCCUUAUAGGGAAUCUCAGCGCCAUCAUCAACCAGGAAUGAGCGUUCCCGGCCAGGAAUGUUCCUUGGGAUCGGUAUCCCAGGGAUCGGGAAUCCUUAUAGGGAAUCUCACUGCUGCCAUCAACCAGGGAUGAGCGCUCACAGCUGGGAAUGUUCCUCGGGAUCAGCAUCCCAGGGAUCAGGACUGGGAAUCCUUAUAGGGAAUCUCACUGCUGCCAUCAACCAGGGAUGAGCAUUCCCAGCUGGGAAUGUUCCUCGGGAUCAGCAUCCCAGGGAUCAGGACUGGGAAUCCUUCUUGUAGGGAAUCCCCCCGAUGGGGGGAGGGGCUGUGCCGGCUCUUCCCAGUGGGAUACAGACCCACAGCUGGGAGAUUGGAGCCUCUGUGCCAUUCCCACGGGAUUGGGAUGGGAUUGGGAUGGGAUUGGGGCUGGAUCCACCCACUCCCAAAUCUGUGCUCCCAAUAAAGCCCCUCUGCCGCUGG